AUGACUCUAAGCAAAGCUCAGCUGCCCAGGGCGUACAUUGGUUCUCAAACAACAUCGAUAUUGCCUGAAGGUAGCGCUGAGGCAGCCCGCCAAAAUGAGAUGGAUGAUGAUGAACGAGUGCUUGUCUCCCUCGGGUACAAGCAGGAAUUUAAGCGCGAGUUCUCCCUAUGGACAACUUUUUGUGUCAGUUUCUCAAUACUCGGGCUACUACCUUCGUAUGCGAGCACAAUGAGUUAUAGGAUGGGAUAUGCCGGCACUUCAAUGGUAUGGGGCUGGCUCAUCGCAAUGAUAUUUCUUCAAUGUGUUGCCAUGUCCAUGGCGGAGCUAUGCUCUUCGAUGCCAACAAGCGGAGGACUUUAUUAUGCCGCUGCAGUACUGGCUCCGGCUGGUUGGGGCCCAUUUGCAGCCUGGAUAACAGGGUGGUCGAACUGGAUGGCCCAGGUGACGGCUGCGCCGUCCGUGAACUACGGCAUAUCCGGAAUGAUUUUAGCGGCCAUAUCAGUUACCCAUUCAGGUUACGUUCCACAACCCUUUCAUAAGUUUCUGUUAACAAUGUUAUUGAUGAUAAUCCACGGAAUAAUGAGUAGUAUGUCAACAAAAUGGUUGGCAGAACUGAACUCAUACGGAUCGACAUUCAAUAUAAUUUGUUUGUUCCUUGUCAUCAUUGCAAUACCAGUGGGAACAAGUAAUGUUCCUAGGUUCAAUUCGUCAGAAUAUGUCUGGGGAACGAUCCACAACCGUACCUCUUACCCAGAUUGGUUCGCAGUUAUGAUGUCCUUUUUAAGCGUUAUUUGGAUCAUGUCCGGAUACGAUUCUCCCUUCCAUCUAAGCGAGGAAUGCUCCAAUGCCAACAUUGCUUCUCCAAGGGCGAUCGUCAUGACAUCCGGGAUUGGUGGCAUCAUGGGCUGGUUCCUUCAACUUGUGGUUGCCUACACAGUGAGAGAUAUAGAUGAAGUUAUAGACUCGGAACUUGGACAGCCAUGGGCUUCAUACGUAUUCCAGGUCAUGCCAACUAAACUAGCCCUUGCAAUUCUUUCUGGAACUGUGAUCUGUGGCUUUUCGAUGGGUCAAGCGUGUAUGAUAUCCGCUUCGCGCGUAACCUAUGCUUACUCUCGUGACGAUUGCUUUCCCUUUUCCAACAUCUGGAAAAAAAUCAACCCUUGCACCCAGACUCCAGUAAAUGCGGUGUGGUUCAACUGCGUUUUAGGGAUUCUAUCUACGCUCCUCAUAUUUGCCGGUGAUGUCGCAAUGGGUGCAUUGUUUUCCAUUGGUGGUAUUUCAGCGUUAAUCGCAUUUUCAAUACCGAUCGCUAUUCGAAUUUCCUUUGUCAGCCAAAGAUUCCGCGCUGGACCGUGGAACUUAGGAAAGUAUACAGCUUUCAUAGGGAUACCUGGUGUAUCUUUUGUGGUAAUAAUGCUGCCAAUCGUCUGCUUCCCGAAGGUUGCUGGUUCUGAAUUAACGCUGGCGGAUAUGAAUUGGACUUGUGUGGUAUAUGGUGGCCCGAUGGCUGGUAUCAUUUUGUGGUGGAUUAUUAGUGCAAGGAAAUGGUUCAAGGGGCCAAAAGUCAACCUUGAGCAUGCUAUGCUUUCAGAAGACGAAGACCGAGCCACUAAUAAUAGCACUAACAGCUUAAUAUAA